UGUAAAACUUUAGAUUCUUAUGAAUUACCAAUACCAUCUGUUACUCAUUCUCAGACUGGUAUAGUUAUCAGCAAAAUGGAAACUGAAAAACUUCUUCUGUAGUUGUAGGUAAAGACACACCCCAGUCUAUGAAGGACCAUGUGCAAAGAGAUGAUAAAACUAGUGCCACAGGUCCAGUGGCUGUGAAAGAAAAAGAUGAAGCUCAUACAGUGUAUCAAAGCACACCAAAUCCGGGGAAUGAAGGGCGAUUGACUAGUACUGAAGCUGAUGAAGCAGAGGAUGUUGAUGUUGACAUCGAAGGAGAAUCUGAACAAGGAUCUUCCAUGCUGAUGCAGCUAAGACAGCAAGUUGCCUCACAAACCAUUACAGUGAACAAGAUGAAAGGUACCUACAACACCCCAGGAGAUAUUGCCAGGCGCCUCCUGUCAGUGAGCGAAACUGGUAGACGUACUGGGAUCAAAAGGAAAACAGCAGACUUGCGUGACCAUAAGUAUGAGCGGCCAUGUCCACGUUCCAAGAAGAAGAUGCAUCAGAAUAGACCACUUCCUGUUGUGAAAGGGAUAACAGAGCAAGAACCACGUCCAGGACCAUCAGGGAUUAAGCAGCCAGUGAGGCCAAAACAGAGCACUCCCACUGUUUUGCUCAAGAAAAAGGAUCCCCUCCGUAUUCAGAAAAGGUUUUCAGAGAUAGAAGGAAUUGGUGAUGAACGCAGUGCUGUGGUACACAAUGAGCUAGAAAGAAUGAGAAGAAGGCUCAUGGGCAGGCUUUUCAAGAACCUCCAGUAUUGGGCCUUAUACACACCAGAUCAGUCAUCUGCUGAUGUGGUUCCUGUACCCAAGGUGGCUGUCUUAAGCAUUGCUAUUAAGGUUUGCAAAGAAGUGAAGGAAGAGGAAGUGCGUUUGACUGCUCAAGAAGAGGAAGUUAGAGCUGAAAGGAGUAUGUUGAUCAAAAGACUGGCAUCAACAAUUGCAGAUCAAGGUGAAGAUACCAAAAUGUACUGGAAACAAUGGGUCAAGACAAACAUGAAGUAUCCUGUUGCUAGAAUUGUAUUUGAAAAGAACUGGAAGCCAUCAGAGGUAGAUAAAGAUGCAAUAAGCAAUUCUUCAACUGAGUCGAGUCUGGACUUGGACCUGGAUGAUGGGAGCCCACUUUCUGCCCCUUCCUCUCCUCAUCAUUCAGGAGAGAGCUUGUUUGCUGCUCUGGAAGCCAAGACUGCUUCUGUGACACAGACUUCCCAAGUAAGAAGGAAAAAGAUAAUCAGGCCAGGAAGGAAGCCAGAUGCAAGGGUUAAGAAGACUGUUAAUGUGUCUCAAAAACUUAUUCUAGAUAGUCGGCUUCAGGGUCUGAAUAUUAGCUCGGAGGCUGCUGGUGCCAUUCCCACAAGUAUACUCCUUAUGGCAGGGACAAGCUCACGUGGGAGAAAGAUAGUUCGUAAGGAAGAUGUCAAUUUUGUGCCUUCAUAAGUUUAAUGGUGCAUUGUGCAAAAAGUAAUGAAUGUUGUUUACUGAGGUGAAGUGAUUAAUUUGAUUUAAUGUUGGUCAUUUACCAUUUAAGCAUUUGGGAUAUUUGCAUACUAUCUGCUAAGUUCUAGUCACCCAGGGUGCUAAAUGGGAAAAGGACAGUUAAGAUUUGAAAGAGGGGACAUAUUUAAGAAAUAUUUCUUUCUCUAAGUACAUAAAAUUACACACCAGAUAUCCUUUCUGUUAAGUAUAAGAAGUAGCAAGUAGCCAAGAAAUUGUUUGUUAAUCAGUUUUAAGAUAUUUGGGCAUAAUUUGAAGAUAUAUAUGUAACUACUAGGGUUUUGUUUGUCUUUGCUUUAAUUAUGUAUACCAUCCUCUUAUAAUAUAACAUUUUUCUCAGUCUUCCUUGCUGUGUGAUGCUUCACACUUGUCUGAUCAGUAUGAAAUUGCACAUUAACCCAAAUGUGCAAGUUCUAGCAUUCAGCUGUACUAAAUUUUUCUUUGAUGAUUCUCGGCAUCUG